UAACGAUGAACACUACAAUUCCAGACAUUUUAAACAGAGAGAUACCAGCUGUAGAUAUUUUCGCUCAUGCCAUACGCUACUUAAAAAGACAUCUAUUAGAAAAUUUAGAACAAAGGAAGUCCAUUGCUACAGAUAAGGACAUAUUUUGGGUUGUUACUGUUCCCGCAAUUUGGGACGAUCCCGCGAAACAAUUCAUGAGAAAGGCUGCAGAACAGGCAGGUAUAGACAGAGACAAACUACGAAUCGCACUAGAACCAGAGGCAGCUUCCAUCUGGUGCAAACAUCUACCUGUAGAAAAACUUCAAGGAAGUGAUAACAGAAUAGACUCUUUUCAAGUGGGCAGCAAAUAUCUUGUUCUGGAUGCAGGAGGUGGAACUAUAGACAUAACUAUUCACGAGGUCAAAGACGAAGGAAAACUGAGGGAACUGACGAGGGCCAGUGGUGGGGACUGGGGAGGGGUCAGUGUGGACAAAGCCUUCGAGGCCGUUCUAACGGAGAUUGUAGGAGAGGGUCUGAUGGAGGAAUUCCGCCGCACAUAUACGGCCGACUACCUCGAAUUGUUUAGGGAUUUUGAAAUAAAGAAGAGGAAGAGAAACGAAAGUAAGGAGGAUGAAGCGUUUGUUACAUUGAAAAUACCUCUUAGUUUGGUUGAACUUUGCGGAAACUUGGCAGGCAUGAUUGCAUGUACCAAAUACAACGGAAAUAUUGAUCUAGAGUUAGAUAAACUGAGAAUAAACCAUGCAACUUUUGUAGACCUCUUUAGGACCACGUGCGACAGAGUGGUCGAUCAUGUUAAAAAACUUCUCCAAUCAGCAAACGCGAAAAGUGUUGACUUUAUCCUUAUGGUAGGCGGGUUUUCAGAGUCACCAGUUUUGCAAGAUGCAAUAAAAGGUGCUUUUUGUUCAAAGUAUCGGGUUAUUGUUCCCCAGGAAGCCGGGCUGACAGUACUUCGCGGUGCGGUGCUUUUUGGAAAAGAUCCCAGUACAAUUGACUGCCGAAUAGCACAGAGAACGUAUGGAAUAGCUUCAACUCGAACAUUCAAUCCCAAAAUACACAAAGAAUCAAAGAAAUUUCAAGUAAAUAAAGUGGACAAAUGUGACGAUCUUUUUAGUAGACACGUGAAGAAAGACGACAAACUCAUAUUGUACGUGGCCCAAGCAGAGAAAACCUACACGCCUCUGAAAGCUGACCAAGAAAGUAUGCGGAUUUCCUUGUAUAAAUCAGAAGUCGAUAACCCCAUGUAUGUUGAUGACCCAGGAUGCACAUAUCUAGGAAGUUUUGAUGUUCCAAUGCGAGACACCACUGGCGGACUAGACAGAGAGGUCAAAGUUAGCUUGCCUUUUUGGGGACACUGAAAUAGAAGUGAAGUGUUUGGUUGUUAGAACUGGUGAAGAAACGUCAUACCAAUUCAAAUUUCUUGAAGAUGAACCUUAAAUUGUUUUUCCUGAAGUUUGAAUGGCACGUGUGCUGACAUUAUUUAUUUAUCACUUGUACAUUUAAAAUUAAUACUAUACUCAAUAUUCUAUUUUGUAUUCGUUUAUAUAUUGGGAGUCUAUACACGUUUGAAGUAUGUAAUUCAUUGUCAUGUUUUAUAUUUUUAAAAUGACGUCAUAAUUAUGAGAGGAAAUGCUUGAUUUUUUAUUAGUUAUUUAAUAUCCUCUGUAUAUCAUGUCAUAU